AUGAUUCUAUCUCAGAAGAAUGCUACUGGGACUGAUUACAUCAUGAAUCAAAGGCCUCAUGAUAAAACGACUCUCGCCUUUAUCAGCUCAGCGAUCACACAGAUGCGGACAGGAAAGAUUGGACUGCGAGCAUACCUCCACGCCAUCAACAAAGCUGACACCAACAAAUGCCAAUGUGGUUGGGGACCACAAACGCUCGUCAAUGGCGGUACAAGCAGCAAAGAUGAUUCUGAGGACUGGGCUCCUGGGACAAUUCCAGGCAGUUCCAUCCACAGUACUCCAAGUGAUUAUUAG